GGGAUUCAAACUUGCCCAGGAGGUGAACCCUGGGGUUCCACACCAAUGACAGAGACAUUGCCUCUGGGCCAAAGCGCCACUAAAGUUAGGGAUCCCACUUUUAUUUAAGGAAUUCUACAUACUCUUACUCAUGGCUGCUCACAUUUAUGAAUUCCUCCGUUCACUUCAUUUUCAUUCCUUCUGUUUUCCAGUGUUCAUCAGCCCAUACAUCCUCCACUGUGUGGUGUGUAAUGAGGUGCACUGUAAUAUUUAGACAAAACAAAUCAUCAGCAGGGCUCAGUUUUACAGUGUGUGUUGUGUUGUGUUACUGUUGGCUUCUGUCAGGGUCUUUGAUUUAGCUUUUCACAAAGUGACUGCACCAUGAACGGCCUCAUCUCUCCCCACACCUGCAAAACAGAUAUCUCAGCCCACUGUAGCGAACCGAGCUUUGAGCAGACAUUUCCAGAUGCGGGACUAGUUUUUGAAAAAAGCAUAAGAUGAAUCAAAUAUUUACCCUUUUCCACUCUUUCUGAAUGCAAAAAGUGAUUUUAGAAAAUGAACCUCUCUAAUCCAAAAUCUGCAUCAGAUCACCAACAAUUUAAAAUCCUUUGCUCUUCAAAGUUCGCCUCAUGUUAGCCGCGAUGUUUUAAAAGAGUUAAACAGCACACAGCAAAUUACAGAUCUUGAAAUAAUUAUUUAAUAAAUCUCCUAAUAAACUCAAAUCACUAGUAGAUUACAGCAAACAAAACUACACUGAAGACAUUUGAAGUUGGUUCAGAACAAAUUCCCAGUUACAUAACUAAAACCAAAUUCACUUCUAAUGGAUUUGAAGGUCUGAUUGGAUUAACAUUUCUGCUUUUGUCACAUCCAAAUAAACAUGCCUAGGACUUUGGGAGGAGCUGUCCAAACAUCUCAUUUGUGAACUGGAAUUCCCCCCUUGUAGUAUUCCUUGAGGUUUCUAAGGCUACUGUACGUUAUUUUGAACUCCAGUAAACCUGACUGUGUCUGGUCCCUGCAGACUCUGAUUGAGUGUGGACGUGCAGAGGCUGAUUUCCUGUGUGGGUCUGUGGAUUAGGACGGUGCAACAGAGUAAAUGGGAUAAUCAGGGUUUACAGAGCUGGGCGGCUGUGGUGACGCAGGGGCUUUACUGUACGUUGUCUGUAGAAGCCUGAGUAAAAGCUGCCCCGACUGGACGGGGGUGGGGGUUCUAUGUCUGCAACCUUCUCCAGGACCCUGAGGUCCAGACCCUGCUGCCACUCUGAUCUGACGAUGUGACAGUCUUACGAAUGAAAAACCAAAUUUCUCUGGGAAUGCUGCUGUUUUUGGUGAAUCUGUAUUGUUUAAGGGUGAUUCAUAGAGGAAUCCAAUCACUGUUUUCAAUAGUUCCUGAAAUGGAAAUGUUAAAUGGGAAGUGUUCUGCUUUUAUUUAUUUAUUAUUUAAUAUUUUAGUUUUUAGUUUUAGUUUGGAGCCUGUCUUGUUUUAAUAUUAUAUUAGAGUCAAAUAAGCUCACCUCAGACUUCUGCUGGUACCGUGUUCAAGUCUUCCCUUUUAAUUCUCACGGAUGCUCUUUGAAUAUUUGCAUCAUUUUGCUUCUAAUUUCAUACUUCCCUCUUUUUUCUCCAAAAAUACUUAUAAUAUCUUCAUAGACAACAUUUGACUCUGACUUAUUUUGAUAACUUCAUAUAUGAUCCUGCUGCUUUGUGAGUAAAUUAGUAGAUCUUAUUGAAUUAAGAAAUGUACAUGACUUAAAUUUGAGAUUUCAAUGUGUUGUGUUGAAAAUGUGUAUUAUAUACACAUCUACAUAUUGCAGAAAUAUACUUCCUUUAUUUUCAUUUUGAAUCAUUAUUUUAGUACCUAGAUUGGCCAACAGGAGGCGACAUGCCAACGUAAAAUGAGCUGUGAUAUAAGAAUCACUUCAACUGUUGAGAUUAUAAAAUACCUUAAUGCAUUUAGUAUUUGUUUGUGUAUAAUUGUGUACAAUUACGUCAAUGGUCAGGUGAUGUAACUACAGGGAACAAACCAAACGACCGCAGUGUGCGUAAAAGUGAUUAAGGUGUUUUUGGUCUUUUUCGAGGUUUUUUUGUCCUACAUUAAUGCACAUUUUCACAUUUCCAGUUGGUGACAGACGGUGUAUAAAGGACGAGGGACAGAGGGCAGUUGACCUCCUCUCUUAUUUCCUCACACAAGGACAAAACAAAAGGAAGAGAAAUAAAGAGAGUGAAUGAGAGUGAGGAAGAGCAGAGAGAUUUUACUGAGUGCGCAUACACAGACAGAAACACACACAGGUGGUCAGUAUAACGCGGAGGGCUCCAUGGCUGCAGUGGGGAGGAGAUAUUUAAAAGUAUGCCGGAGCUGCGCGUAUAAAUCAUCCAGAUUCCCUCGGGGAACUUGAUCAUCGGAGGCAAAUUUUUCUUCUUCUUCUUUUUUUUUUUUUUUUUGCUUUACCAAAGUGCGACGCAAGAAGUAGCCUAUUCAUGCAAAUAUAUCAAAUGAUGGGCGUGUCUUUGGGCGAUGGAGUCACGGGCGGAAAAGCAAACCUCCUCCUGGAUGAUCCGCCACCUUCAAAGACUGUGAUGCACAGCGCUCGGACGCACUGACAGCAGCACCGGAGCGAAUGUUUGGAAAGCUCUAGAGACUCAGAGAAGAAAGCAAGAUAGAAGAAGAGAAUAGAAAGCUGGGACUCUUGUCUCCACGGUUCUACUGACUGGCUGCACUUUUCUUCAACACUAACACCAGCGCGGCUGCUGCGCCACUGGAUCUCCGACGCAGACUUUUACGCACUGACGCGUUUCCACUCACAGUUUUAGUUUCUAUUGAUUUGUUCUGUUCGUUUUAGUUUUUCUCAUUUUUCAUCACUUUACAGGUCUUCAAACGUUUUUGACUUUGACCUGGAUGAAAGUGAUCCAAAAACAAAAAACCCAAAACAAAACAAAAGAAUCUGUGCGUAAAGGCGCCAUUUUUAUUACAUUUAUUUCUAUUUUAUCUUCUGUGGACUUUUCCACCGUCGUCAUGUCCGAGGACGACAGUAGCUCCACCACCAGCUACAUGUCCGACACGGAGGGAACCAACGUCAGUGUCCUCAACUGGGAACAAGUGCAGCGGCUGGACACCAUCCUGACGGAGACCAUCCCGAUCCACGGCCGUGGGAACUUCCCCACGCUGGAGAUGCAGCCGCGGCAGAUCGUUAAAGUGGUCCGCAGUCGGAUGGAGCAGAAACAGAUCCAUGUCCGAGACGUGCGGUUAAACGGCUCCGCGGCCAGUCACAUUCUGCACGAAGACAGCGGACUGGGCUACAAGGACCUGGACCUGAUAUUUUGCGCAGAUAUGAAAGGUGAAAGUGAAUUCCAGACUGUGAAGGACAUCGUUUUGGACUGUCUCCUGGAUUUCUUACCCGACUGUGUGAAUAAAGAGAAAAUAACGCCGUUGACGUUAAAGGAAGCCUAUGUGCAGAAGAUGGUGAAGGUGUGCAACGACUCAGACAGAUGGAGCCUCAUCUCCCUCUCCAACAACCGUGGGAAGAAUGUGGAGCUGAAGUUUGUGGAUUCUCUGCGGAGACAGUUUGAGUUCAGCGUGGACUCCUUUCAGAUCAAACUGGACUCCCUGCUCCUGUUCUACGAAUGCUCAGAGAACCCCAUGUCUGAGACCUUUCACCCCACCAUCAUGGGUGAGAGUGUGUACGGGCACUUUGGCGAGGCCCUGGACCACCUACGUCAUAAAAUCAUCUGCACUCGUAAUCCCGAGGAGAUCCGUGGUGGGGGUCUGCUAAAGUACUGCCACCUGCUGGUGAGGGGGUUCCGGGCUGCUUCUGAGUCUGAGAUGAAAUCCCUGCAGCGCUACAUGUGCUCACGGUUCUUUAUCGACUUCCCCGACAUUGGCGAGCAGCAGCGUAAGCUAGAGUCAUACCUUCAAAACCACUUUGUGGGUCUGGAGGACCGCAAAUAUGACUACCUGAUGACUCUCCACGGAGUGGUCAACGAGAGUACGGUGUGUCUGAUGGGACACGAGAGGCGACAGACCUUGGGCCUGAUAGCAAUGCUGGCGGUGCGAGUGCUCGCCGAGCAGAACGUCAUUCCCAACGUGGCUAACGUCACCUGUUACUAUCAGCCUGCCCCUUAUGUGGCAGAUGGCAACUUCAGUAACUACUACAUAGCACAGGUCCAGCCAAUGUUUGCCUGCCAACAGGCAGCAUACUCCACCUGGCUGCCCUGUAACUGAAACAGCCGCCAGGGCAGAGGGAAUGAGGAAGAGAGUGUGAUGUGUUUAAACAGGACCGAGCAGCAUAAUUGCUGCCUCAAACCUGCCCAGUGUUUGUCAGCUGACAGAAAAAGGAGGCUUCUGUUUUAAUGUUUUGCAUCAAAGCUUGUUUUUGUUCAUACAUCGAGUAUGAAUGCUAAAGAAUCUGCAGCUGGCUUUUUUAAAAUCUGAAAUUAUCUAUUCCAAAGUGAAUAUUUCACAUUUCCCGAAACACCAAAUUGCCUGGUCCGGCACAGGUAAGCUAAUUUUGGAACAGAGAUCUUUUGAGGUGACGUCAGAGGCCAAAGGCUGAAUGCAAAUGUGUGACAGCCUGUUAGUGCAGGCAGCAGAGAGUGGAUUCUGGACUGAUUGAAUCUGUCAAAAAAUCAUUAGUCUGCAGGUUCUGAGGGCUUGCGGCAGAAUUUGACAGCUUUUAGGGGUGUGUUUUUUUCUGUGACUCACACACUUUGUGGUGCACACACACCCCACUUAACUUUACCUGAAUUCAGGUGAGCUGCCCUUAUUUUUGGAUCACAAACUGGCAUUUCUGCCUUAAAGUAUCUUUGAAUAUUAUUCUGGUUGUUUUUUGCAGACCAAAGAUGUUCCUCUCUUCACAUUCAUUUUGAUGUUAGGGAAAAUUAAAAUAUGAAUACGUGUCUAUUUGUAUAUGUGAACGUAUGUGUGUUUAUAAGUGCCUUCGACCUCUCUGAGGGUGGAAAAACAAUGGGCAGAGGCCAAAUGACUUUUGCAAGAUUAGCCACAGUCUCUUGUUUAUAGUCAGGCACACAAGGCAAUUGCACCCCAGAGGCUUGUGAAUGUAUUAUGUGAAAUCAUGUGUAGUCAGUGUUUGAGUGCAUCUGGAUGCUAAUUAGCACCAUGCAGUAAAGUAGCAGCAGUCACACGUGCAACUGAUGGAUUAUUGUGGGAAAUACAUUUUUCAUGUGGAUAUGUUUAUACUCCAGAUUUUUAUCUUCUCUCACAGCAGUGCCAAAAUGACUAACACAGGCAUCACUUGGCGGCGUUAUCCCAUCAGAUGUUGGUGCUUCUCCUGUGCUUGUCUGAGAUAGAAAAAAAAAAGUCCUCGGCAUGAUAGAUUAAGGGAAAGAUUGUCUGACAGAGAGCCACUGUGUGUGUGUGUUCCUUUACUUCCCUCCUGCAGUUGAAGGAUAUUUGCCAAGACACCUCAGAUGGCGAUGAGACACUAUUUGCUGUAGCACCCUGGCAGGGAAUUCCUCGGCUGCUGCUGAAGAGCUUGAACUCAGCUGGCUGCAACCUGCAGGCGCUCCGUUCAGGGUCUAGAGAAAAAAAAACAUGGUUGUAGCAAACUUUAUGGUGGCCCAGCUGAUACCAGCGUAAACUCUAGUGUCACGUUUGUGUUGUUUUAGUGCAGACAAGAAUGAAGUGUGUAGACUAAGACGAGGAAAAAGAGACAGAGGACUGGAGGAAAGAAAAAAGAAGAGGAGAAAAAUGGCAUGAGGCAGAAUGAGUCAGCCUGGAGAGAUGGGUGCAGCUGGUGGUGGGGUUUAUCUCUCUGGGACUACAAUGCUUCAUGGAGUCAGAAUUUCAGGCAGUUUGGACUAGUAAUGCGCAGUGCUGCAACGUGUCCCAUUAUUUGCAGCACCUCCUCUGACUGUGGCUAAAAAGGGUGAAAAGUGGACUAAGUGACUCUCACACCAGCACCACAAAUUAUUUUUUAUUUAUAACGACGCUUUAGAGAUGACUAUCGAUGGUUUUUAUGCUUCAGUUCUUAACAAUUAAACGAAACUGUGUUUAUUUACGGUAUGUAACGUCAUGUCAUAGCUUUUUAAAACUAUACCGCACUGUCACUAAUGGCAAAACUGUUGGGUUCAACAACGGUUUGACCAACAUAAAAAGAGAAAAAAAAAAUUUCAUUUCUUUACGUAUCCUCUUGUCUCGCAUAUUUUCUGAUAAUUCAUAUCUGCUGUGUUCAGUUGUUUCUUCCUGUCAGUGAGCGUCCAUGUCGACCGUAUCCUUUGGAUUGUGCAGGCCAAUGUACUGUCAGUUGAUACUCAGUUCAGUUCUGAGUCAAGCAGCCAACGUAUAGCUAGAGAGCUCCAGUCUGCCUGUCAGCUAGUGCUUGUACCUCUCGGUAAGAAAUUACCACAGUGUCUUGUGUAAGAUCUUUGAAUAUUUGUUUCUGUUCAUGCCGUCUUUUACAAAGGACACUUUGGAAAAGAGAAAAAAAGAAUCCCCUUGUCUUGUACAUGUAUAUUAUAUUUUUUAAUGAUUGUUAUUUUUUUAAAUGUAUUAUUAGACACUGCAGACGUCGGCAGUGCUUUUGAAUCUGUGACCGGGCUUCAAAGGAUAUGUUCUCAAUAGCUUUAUUGUGAUAUUAUGUCUUGUGUCCAAUGGGUCAAAAGGUAAAAAACAAAAAAAGAUGUUUCUUCAAUAAAAUAUCUGAAAACCAGA